GUAAUGUUGUGAAUGGAACAAUUGGCAAACAGAUGGUGGACAUGCUGGUGGAGUCUUCCAACAAUGUAGAGAUGAUUCUCAAGUUCUUCGACAUGUUCCUGAAACUAAAGGACAUGACAUCCUCUGACAUAUUUAAAGAGUAUGACCCUGAUGGCAAAGGGGUCAUUUCCAAGCGGGACUUCCACAAAGCCAUGGAGAGUCACAAGCACUGUACCCAGUCAGAGACUGAGUUUCUGCUGUCUUGUGUGGAGACCGAUGAAAACGAAACACUGGACUACGAAGAGUUCGUCAAGCGGUUCCAUGAGCCAGCAAAGGACAUCGGCUUCAACGUCGCUGUCCUGCUGACCAACCUCUCCGAGCACAUGCCCAAUGACACGCGGCUGCAGACCUUCCUGGAACUAGCGGAGAGCGUGCUCAACUACUUCCAGCCCUUCCUGGGCCGCAUCGAGAUCAUGGGCAGCGCCAAGCGCAUCGAGAGGGUCUAUUUUGAGAUCAGCGAGUCUAGCCGAACCCAGUGGGAGAAGCCACAGGUCAAGGAAUCCAAGAGGCAGUUUAUAUUCGACGUGGUCAAUGAGGGAGGCGAGAAGGAGAAGAUGGAGCUGUUUGUGAACUUCUGCGAAGACACCAUCUUCGAGAUGCAGCUGGCCGCUCAGAUCUCAGAGUCAGAUCUGAACGAGAGGUCAGCCAGCAAAGAGGACAGCGAGGAGAGGCCGGAACAGCAGGUGCCCAGGAUGGGCUUCUUCUCCCUCUUCACUGUGCAGUCGGCCCUGUCCACGCUCAGGUACAACCUCCUGACACUGGUGCGGAUGCUCAGCUUGAAGAGCCUGAAGAAGCAGAUGAAGAGGCUGAAGAAGAUGACGGUGAAGGACAUGCUGGCCACAUGCUUCUCGUCCUACUGGAGCGUGCUCCUCAUCCUGGUGCACUUCGUGGCCAGCGUCUGCAGGGGCUUUGCACGCAUUGUCUGCAGCCUGCUGCUGGGGGCCAGCCUGGUGGAAGGUGCUAAGAAGAUCAAGGUGGCAGAGCUUCUCGCCAACAUGCCGGACCCCACUCAAGACGAGGUCCGGGGAGAUGAAGAGGAAGGAGAGAGAAAACCCUCAGAGACUGCCUUGCCCUCUGAAGACCUGACAGACUUAAAAGAACUCACAGAGGAAAGCGACCUCCUGUCGGACAUAUUUGGCUUGGAUCUGAAGCGGGAAGGCGGGCAGUACAAACUCACUCCUCACAAUCCGAAUGCUGGCCUCAGCGACCUCAUGUCCAACCCAGUCCCCGUCCCUGAGGUGCCAGAAAAAUUUCAGGGACAAAAGGCAAAAGAAGAGGAAAAGGAAGAAAAAGAGGAAAUGAAAUCUGACCCUGAAAAGUCUGAGGGGCAAGAUGGAGAGAAAGAAGAAAAGCCCAAAGACGCUGCCACCAAUGCCAGCAUCGCCAACAUCACCUCUUCCUGCAGUCCUAACUAUUUUGCCCGCAACUUUUACAACAUGAGGAUGUUGGCCCUGUUUGUCGCGUUCGCCAUCAACUUCAUCCUUCUCUUCUAUAAGGUCUCCACUUCUUCUGUGACUGAGGGAAAGGAGCUGCCCACCCGGAGCCCCAGCGACAGCGUGAAAGUGACCAGCAGUCUGGACAGCAGCUCGCCCAGAAUCAUCGCCAUUCACUAUGUCCUGGAGGAGAGCAGCGGCUACAUGGAGCCCACCCUGCGCAUCCUAGCUGUCCUCCACACCGUCAUCUCCUUCUUCUGCAUCAUUGGAUAUUACUGCUUGAAAGUCCCGUUGGUUAUUUUUAAAUGAGAAAAGGAAGUAGCACGGAAAUUGGAAUUUGAUGGGCUUUAUAUUAAAGAGCAGCCAUCGGAAGAUGAUAUUAGAGGCCAGUGGGACAGACUCGUGAUCAACACACAGUGAGUGGGGAAUUAUAAGAGGCAUUUCUGGGGCCGUUUUCUUCGUAGAACUUUAAAGGUGAUGGAUAAAUAUGGAGAGUUUUAUGGCCGAGACAGAAUCAGCGAGUUACUGGGCAUGGAUAAGGCUGCGUUGGACUUCAGCGAUGCAAGGGAGAAGAAGAAACCAAAGAAGGAUAGCUCCUUGUCUGCUUUACUGAACUCUAUUGACGUGAAGUACCAGAUGUGGAAACUGGGAGUUGUGUUCACAGACACGUCCUUCCUCUACCUAGCCUGGUAUGUGACCAUGUCCAUCCUCGGACACUAUAUUUUUUUUGCUGCUCAUCUUGACAUUGCAAUGGGAAUCAAGACCUUGCGAACCAUCCUGUCUUCAGUCACUCACAACUGCAAACAGCUUGUGCUAACCAUUGGCCUGUUAGCCGUUGUUGUGUACAUGGCAUUCAACUUCUUCCGGAAAUUCUACAAUAAAAGUGAAGAUGGUGAUACGCCAGAUAUGAAAUGUGACGACAUGCUAACG